GGGGCUGGGUGGGGACGCGCCCUUGUAGUCCCCGCGGGGUUGGCCGGGGUCUCCCCGACUCCCGAGGGGAAGGCGGCCGGGCCAGACGGGAGGGCUAGAGGGGACCGGGGAAGUCAGAGGUCAGCCUGGGGGUUCAGGAGACGUGGCAGGUCAGCCGCGGGCGCGGCUGGAGCGUGGUGGGUCCCGGGAAAGGUUAGGGCUCAGGGGGCUCGGGCCGGGGCGUCCCGGAGAGGUCAGGGGUCGGGCGCGCGCUCCCCCGCCUCUCGGGCCUUGCAUGGGGGUCCCCAGUCUGCGGGCGGCGGCCGGGGCCUUGCGGAGAGCCUGCGGACCGUGGACGCCGCUCCUGGGACGGCGCCUCCUCGGUUUGUCCGCCAUGGCCGGGAACGCGAAGGUCCCCGCUCCCGUGGGCGCCAGGCAGGAGCAGGACAAGAAGGCGCGCUGUGGCUGGCAGGGCGGAGCCAGGAUCUGGGACGACAGCGAGCCGCAGACGAAAAGGCUCAAGAGCUGCGUGGACGGGGAGCCACAGAAGAAACUGCCGAAGCGGAAGAUCGUGUUGCUCAUGGCCUAUUCCGGGAAGGGCUACCAUGGCAUGCAGAGGAAUGUUGGGUCCUCGCAGUUCAAGACCAUUGAAGACGACCUGGUGUCCGCCCUGGUUCAGGCGGGCUGCAUUCCCGAAAGUCACGGCGAGGACAUGAGGAAGAUGUCGUUCCAGCGGUGCGCCCGCACAGACAAGGGCGUAUCCGCGGCCGGCCAGGUUGUGUCCCUGAAGGUGUGGCUGAUUGACGACAUUUUAGCAAAGAUCAACAGCCACCUUCCUUCUCACAUCCGGAUACUGGGACUGAAGCGGGUCACUGGUGGCUUCAACUCCAAGAACAGGUGUGACGCCAGGACAUACUUCUAUAUGCUGCCCACCUUUGCUUUUGCACACAAGGACCAUGAUGUGCAGGACGAGACCUAUCGGCUGAGUGCCGAGACGCUGAGGCAGGUCAACCGGUUGCUGGCCUGCUACAAGGGCACCCACAACUUCCACAACUUCACCUCACAGAAGGGGCCCCGGGAGCCCAGCGCCCAGCGCUACAUCCUGGACAUGUUCUGCGAGGAGCCCUUCGAGCGGGAUGGCAUGGAGUUCGCGGUGAUCAAGGUGAAGGGGCAGAGCUUCAUGACGCACCAGAUCAGGAAGAUGGUGGGCCUGGUGGUGGCCAUCGUCAAGGGCUACGCCCCAGAGGACGUGCUAGAGCGCAGCUGGGGGGAGGCGAAGGUGGACGUGCCCAAGGCGCCCGGGCUCGGCCUGGUGCUGGAGCGUGUGCACUUCGAGAAGUACAACCGGCGCUUUGGCAGUGACGGGCUGCAUGAGCCGCUGGACUGGGCACGGGAGGAGGCGGAGGUCGCUGCCUUCAAGGAGCAGCACAUCUACCCCACGAUCGUCAGCACCGAGCGUCACGAGAGGUCCAUGGCCCAGUGGCUGAGCACCCUGCCCGUGCAUGACUUCAGCGCCACUGCCCAGGCGGCAGCCAGCCCCGGUGCCAAGGUUCCCAGCCCCCAGGAAGGCAGUGAAGGGGACGGAGACAGCGACUGAGGCGGGCCCCGCGGAGCGUCUUGGACUUGGCCACGACGUGUGUGCCCGGAGCUGACACUGCUGCUGUGGGCCCCGCUCCUCCCCGAGACUGGAGCGCCGAGAUAUGGCAUCGUUACCUCAGGACCUCGAGACCCACAUCAUUCUCAGUUUCCCUCACAGGGAGAACCUGCCGCAAUCUGUUUUCAGCUCAGCGUAAACUCUGUCCACCUCAGCAUGCAAAGACACUAUUUUUUUAAAGAAGCGGUUUUCUUAUUAAAUAAGUACAGACUUUGCUUAUUCACUC